GGCAAGGGCAGGGCUUAUAUUUGGAGAGGGAACUGUGUGACAACAAGAAAGGCUGGCCAAACACAGGACAGUGACUUUCGGUGAGAGAGGCUGUACAGACAGUAGAAACAGUGGAGCAUAUAAAUACUGUGACAAACUAGUACAGGAUGGCUUUGGCACUGGAUUUUACUGUUAUGAAUAAAACCAACGAUCACAGCAAUUCAGGAUAAAGAGAAAAACCUACAGUGUGCUUCUUUACUACUGAACAUUACAUCAUGUCUAAUUCAUCUAACACAACCAGCCUGUGCGAUCCCUCGGACAGGAUGUGCGUGGCACGUCUGUAUGAACAGGAAGUCAUAGUAGUUCCCGUGUUGCUGCUGGCAAUUUUCCUGGGCACACUUCUAACUAUGUGUUUUCUGCGCCUGUGUUCUAAGAAAGAGGUUGAUGCAGUCACAACACACAGACACCACACACACAGUCACCAUCAUACACACAGACACCACACAGACAGUCACCAUCAUACACACAGACACCACACAGACAGUCACCAUCAUACACACAGACACCACACAGACAAUGAACAUCAUGCACAAAGACACAGCACAAACAGUCGGCAUCACACACAUCGACAGCACCGAAGCAGCAGACAGCACCUGCAGGGCAUUGACGCCCCUCCAGAGCUAAAUCCACUGGAGUAUGAGGUUGUACCUAUGACACCCCAAACACAAAACAGCAAGCCCAGCCCCCAGCCUGGAGUACCGCCACUGUCCACUGAGAGGCAGCAUGACUCCUUUCAGCUGAUCAACCCACUGCCGCUCACCUUUGCAAUGAGGCAAGACAAUGAUGUCACUCUCUACAGAGCCACUAUGGACCGGAGGGCUGUCGUCUUACGAGUGCUCAAAGAAACAGCCAACGACAGGGAGCGGCAAGACUUCCUUGGCUUUGCCCACUUCCUGUCCGAGUUGGGGCCCCAUUCAUGCCUGCCCACUCUGUUGGGAGUGGUGACAGUAAGAUCACCACUUAUCAUGGUGCUAGAGGAGCUGGACAACCGAGACCUGCUAGGCUUCUUAUGGAGAUGCAGACAGGACCACCAAAGUGUGGGAACACCAUGUGACCUGACGGAGAAACGGAUUUUCACAAUGGCUGGACAGAUCGCCACUGCUCUGGAGUAUUUGCACAGCAAGAACUGCAUCCACGGCAACAUUGGGGCACGAAGCGUCCUGGUUGGUCGAGACCUUUCAGUGAAGCUGUGGGGUUUUGGCCCAGCUUACUGUAGGAGGACGGAGGAGGGGUCUGCAGGAGAAGUGGAAGAAAUGGAGAUGAGGAAGUGGCAAGCUCCAGAGGUGUUAGCCCGUCGACCUGUCAGUUACAGCAGUGAUGUAUGGUCGUUUGGCAUCUUGCUAUAUGAAAUGGUGACUUUAGGAGAUCCUCCAUUCCCUAGAAUAAUGGCCAUUGAACUCCUACAGCACCUCCAGAGGGGAAAAACCUUAAAGAGACCAGCUAACUGUUCCAACUCACUAUACUCCAUAAUGAAGGAAUGUUGCCAGUGGAGACCACAGGAUCGAGCCUCACUGGCUCAAGUGAUUUCAAAGCUCUGGCUGGGUGAGAGAAGUGCUAAUGAUACGGCGGUGCUCAGAGUGCCUGAGCCACUGGACAUUGAGAAAUACAUCCGGGAAGCAGGCUAUGGAGAGGCUUACAACUACGCUGUCCUCUAAUAGGCUCCUGGGAUAUACUGCUCAUUUAAAUGGAUUACAUUUGCACAUGGUCAGCUGCCUCAGUAGGUUCUACUGAAAAUCUACCUGCUGCAAGGCAAACGCACAGCAGAGACAUUCUUGAAUGCCUCGGCCUCUGAACAUAAGACAUCAAUAAACCAGCACUUGUUGAUGAUUGUAGUCUUUUGUGGAAAUGUCAAACAGUGUGACCCACAACACUAGCAUUCUAUUCACUUGUACAUGAUAUUGUUCAACUGGAAUGAUGAUCUCUCUUUUCUAUACA